CGCGCCUCGCACCGCUUGGGGCCGCGUGCGCACGCGCGACCACGGCGGGGGCCGGGCCUCGCGCCCCCUCUCCUCCUCCUCCGCCUCCCCCAUCAUCCCCCCUCCUCCCCCCUCCCUGUCCCGGCUCGGCGGGGGGGUGGAGGCCGUGCGCCUGCGCGGAGCCGGCAGUCCGGCAGGGCCGCAGCCGCGGGGUGGCCGGCCGUUGCCGUGGGGACCGCGGGCCCGUCCCUUCUCCGGUCCCCUGCCCCGCGCCGCCUCCACCGAGACGCGGAGGACGACCCGGACCCUCCUCUCCCGCCGGCCCGAGCUGCCGCCGGCGACUGGGCGAGAGGCGGUGCCGCUCCCAAGAUGUCGCAGACGGCCAUGUCCGAGACCUACGAUUUUUUGUUUAAGUUCUUGGUUAUUGGAAAUGCAGGAACUGGCAAGUCUUGCUUGCUUCAUCAGUUUAUAGAAAAAAAAUUCAAAGAUGACUCAAAUCAUACAAUAGGAGUGGAAUUUGGUUCAAAGAUAAUAAAUGUUGGUGGUAAAUAUGUAAAGUUACAGAUAUGGGAUACUGCAGGCCAAGAACGAUUCAGGUCUGUGACGAGAAGUUACUACAGAGGCGCCGCAGGAGCUCUCCUCGUCUAUGACAUCACCAGCCGAGAAACCUACAAUGCGCUUACUAAUUGGUUAACAGAUGCCAGAAUGCUAGCGAGUCAGAACAUUGUGAUCAUCCUGUGUGGGAACAAGAAGGACCUGGAUGCCGACCGUGAAGUUACUUUCUUAGAAGCUUCCAGAUUCGCUCAAGAAAAUGAGCUGAUGUUCUUGGAAACCAGUGCACUAACGGGGGAGAAUGUGGAAGAGGCCUUUGUACAAUGUGCGAGAAAAAUACUUAACAAAAUUGAAUCAGGAGUGAUUUGGUCAAAGAGCACCCUCUCUACACCUGCCAACCUAAAAUUGCCACUUACGGUCUUGAAGGUCUCGUCCACGUGGCUGAGGCAAAGGCCCACCCCUUUUCCCCAGGGGCUUCCUUGCACCAUUGGUGAAAGAGAAUGGACAGGGUUUCCGCAUGUGUUUGCUUUCAGAACCACGGCCUUUUGUGGGUCCAUUGCUUAGAGGAGGAAGGUGGGGUUGUGGUCCACUCUCUGUCAACAGCUUGCUGGUCCUGCUGGGCAGUGGUCCCAUGGUGUGAUGGGGGACCACCUGGGUCACAUUGAGCGAGUUCUAGGUACACGCAUGAUGUGCAUACUUCCAGCUUGGGCAUCAUGAAUUUAUUUCUCAAGCUAACUGAGUGUGUGCCUCGGUUGUAACCUGUCUCAUUAUUGUUGUAAUUGUUGCUUCGGUAAAAAUAAAUUUAAAAUAACCCAAAUUUAGACAAUUACUAUAUAAUUGUCAUUUAUUAAAGUUGAAUUUUAUUUAAAUAUUACUGAAAUUAUAUGUGGACAUUUACUUUUUAAUUGAUUCCAUCAAAUAUCUGAAUGUCUGUUCUUUGUCAGGUGCUGGGAUACAAAAAUGAUUUAAUCAUAAUCCUUGUCCUCAGGAAACUGUCUUUCAUGGGAGACAUCAAAAAAUAAUUACAAUACAGUGUGGUGGAUACAAUAGCUGAGGGGUGCGUAGGAUCCUGGGAUCACACAGAGAAGGGGGACCUGCCUAGCUAGGUCAGGGAGGUAGUGUCUGGGAGGGCUCCAGGAGGAGGGACAGCUGAGCUGAGCCUUUCACAAUGUGAGGAAGGGUGAGCUGGCUAACGGGGUGGGGUACUCCCGCCGAGGGUACUGCAUGAUUUGAAAGUAACCGGAAAGAAAAGUCACUGGACCAGAGAGACUCCCAUGGGAAUGGCAGGUGAGAAGGUUGGAGAGAGGCGGCAGCCACACUAGUGAUUCUCAUCAAGGAUCUGGAACUUCAUCUUGUGGGUUACUGAGUCGUACCCUGGCUGUACACUAGAGUCUCCUGGGAUGCUUGAAAAUUCAGAUCCCAGGCGCCAUCUCUCAAGAUCCUGAAUAAUUGGGCUGAAGUGUGGUCUAGGCAUCAGCAUUUCUAAAAGCCCUCUUAUAUGAUUGAUUCUAAUGUUCAUCCAGGAUUAGGAACCGCUGCUGUAGAGGCCGGGAAGCUAUUCAAGGAUGUUAAGCAGCGAGCAGUGUGGUCAGGCUGAGACUUGAGGUAAAUCACGUAUGUAGGUGGCCAUGUUGAGGAAGGAUUGAAAGGACAGCACAAUUAAGGCAUUUUUGAGUAAUCCAUGUAAAAGGUGACUGAUUAAAGCUUUGAGGAGGAUGUGGAAGUAGAGACAAAGAAAUAUAGAUGAAUCAGAAUUAUUUUGGUAGUAGCAUCAUAUGACUCGUGCUGAGUAGUAGGACAGGGCGGUCCAUUUGGAGGUGGGGAGUGGUGAGGAGGUGGGUUAGGAAGGCAUAAGGAGCCGGGGGUAACUAAAUGUCAUACGUGAGUGACUCGGUAAAGAGAUGUCAUUAAACCAGAGGGUAAGCAGGGUCAAGGGCAUGUAGAUGAUUCUGUUCUGGACGUCUUCCCUUUGCAGUUCCACUGGCACAAGCCCAUGGAAUGAUCUCAUAAGCUCUGGGGAGAAGUCUGGGCCAGCAGUAUGCAUUUGUCAACCAUCAGUACAUAGAGUAGUUGAAAGUAUGGAAGGAACAGGAUCAUCUGAGAGCAGUUGAGAGUGAGAAAAGCACUGAUCAAAAGCAAAACCUUGGAGACCGAGAGAUGGAGAAGAGGAGGAACCUACAAAAGAGGAGUAGGAAGUGAUCAGAGAGAUGUUUGGAAAGAACCAGGGGAAAGUGUCUGUCAUUUCAGCCAAAACAAUGAGUCAAAUACUUGUUCACUAUCAAAUGCAGUAGAGAACAGUCUCCUAAGCCAAGAACUAAGCUAGAAAAAUACCCGCUGGGGUGGGCAAUAGGAAGUCGUUGGGCUUCUUUAUCAAGAUCAAUGCCAGUAGAAUUAAGAAAAUAGAAGACAACAAUUGAGGAACAAAGAGGAGGUGAGAAGGCAGAGUAAGUGUUGACUCUUCUCUGGAAGGAAAGUAGUGGUAGCUUAGGGUACAAAGGGUUAACUUAAAGAGGUUUUGGUAAUGGAAGAAUGUUAGCGUGUGUGAAUGCAGAGAGAGAGAGAGAGAGAGAGAGAAAGAAAAACAAACAGGUGGAAGGAAAGGAGAGGAGAUGACAGCAGGAUGCGGGGUGAGCUGCUGGGAGGGUGCGGGCGAGCUGCAGGGAGAGAGCGUCAAGGGCCCAGAUGGAAAAGAGGGACCCUUCAUCCUUCUGGAUUUUCUUGGUCUGAAAAGAAAGGAUUUUUUUUUUACUAAAUUUGGCAGAAAAACUGUUACUUUUAAAGACUCCGUAACAUUGUUAUUAAAAUUAGCUUGGCGUUGAGUAUUAUUAAGCUUAGCACCUUGUUUGAUGUAAUUACUUUGCUUCCUUAAUACUGCAUAUGCAAUCAUCAAGGUAAAAAGAUCAUCAAAAUCACAAUUACAUCUAGGUGAGAAAAUAUACAGAUGUAAGUUAAAAUUUUUCAGCAGUACUUUAAAUUUUCUGAAUAGGCAGUACAUUCACAUGGUUCAAAAACCACUGUUUCCUCUUUUUUUCAAGACUUAUUUAUUGGUUAGAGAGAGCACACAUGCACAGGAGCCGCAGGAGGGGUGGGGGAGGAGAAAAGAGGGCGCCCUGCUGAGGGUGGAGCCCGACGUGGGGCUCAGUCUCACCACCCUGGAGUUAGGACGUGAGCCGAAAUCACUUAACCAAAGGAGCUACCCAGGCACCCCUCCUCCUCCUCUUUUUUUUUUUUACACAAAAGUUAGUGUACUAUAAAUUCUAUGCCUUGCUGCUUCUGCUUACUGGACCUACGGAUCAUUACAAAUGAACACAUAGAGACUUCCGUACAUGUACAUGCGUAUGCUGACGCACAUAUACACACGAGUGUGUGUAAUGUUGGUUGUCUGUAUUGCCAUCAUUUAACCAGUUUACUUUGGACGUUGGAGUAUUGCCCACAUUUUGCUGUCACAAAUACUGCAGUAAAUAAUCUUUUACAUAUCAUUUCCCCUGUGUGAAGGGUAUGUAGAGGAUGAGUUCCUGAAGUGGAAUUGCCAGGUCAAAGAACACGCAUCUGGAACUUGGGUAGAGACUGUCAGAUUCCUCCUAGCAUGGGUUGUAGCAAUUUAUGAUCCCACUACAACGAAUGAAAGUGCUUCUUUCACCGAAGCCAUGCCCACAGGGUAGUGCAUUAACAUACUUGGGUUCUUACCAGUCUGAUAAGUAGGAAAUGGUCUCUUUGUGGUUUACUUUUUAAGUAAUUUAUCUUUGUAUACAUAAUAUAUUCAUAUAUUUCCAAAUUCAAAAAAUACAAAAGUGGAUACAGUGGAAGUCUCCCUCCAUUAUAGCCCCUCUCUUGUCCCCGAGCCAUCUAAAACCCCUUCUUGAAGUCAACUGUUAUUCUCACUUUUUUUUUUUAAGAUUUUAUGUAUUUAUUUAUUUAUUUGAGAGAAAUAGCAAGAGAGAGCAGGGAGCCUAACAGAGGGCUCCAUUCCCCAACCGCUGGGAUCACAACAUGAGCCAAAGGCUGACGUUUAACCAGCUGAACCACCCAGGCACCCCCCAUUCUCAUUCCUUCCAAAGAUAUUUUUGUGCCCAUAUAAGAAAACAUAUGUGUAUAUUUUUUGCUCAUUAUUCAGAACAACUGUUUAUACACAGCAUUCUGCACUUUUUUUUUUUCACUUAACAUAUUCUUGGGGAUCACGCAAACACGAAAGAUUUUUUUAAAGAAAACUUG